AUGAGGAACCAAUCAGUUGAGGAGUUUUUUCUUCUUGGCUUUGAUGUCCACAGUCAGCUAAAAUGUCCUAUUUUUCUGCUCUUCCUUAUGAUAUAUAUAAUAACAUUAACUGGGAACAUUGUCAUUAUUGUGCUGGUCUACAUCCAUGUACAUUUGCAUUGCCCUAUGUUCAUUUUCUUAGGCAAUCUCUCCUUUUCUGACAUUAUUUUUACUACCAAUAUUGUCCCUAAAAUGCUCUCUAUAAUAUUAGGUGAGGGAGGAACCAUAUCAUUUCAUGGCUGCCUCUCCCAGUUCUACUUUUAUGCAUUUGUAGGGAGUACUGAAUGUUUUCUUCUUACAGUGAUGUCCUAUGACAGAUAUUUAGCUAUUUGUCACCCCUUACAUUAUAACUUUAUCAUGGACAUUAAACUACAGAAAUGUCUGCUUGUCCUGUCGUGGCUUCCAGUUUCCAUAGUGACUUCAAUGCGUAUUAUUCUUAUACGUCAGCUCAACUUUUGUGGCCCCAAUGUAAUAGAUCAUUUCUUCUGUGAUCUUGAUCCAAUCUUGGAGCUUUCUUGCUCGGACACCUCCAUCAUUAAAACUGAAGUAUUUGCUGCAUCAGCGCAUGUUUUAAUUCUACCGUUCUUGUUUAUCAUUACAACGUAUGUUCGUAUCAUACAUGCCAUUCUCCGAAUUCCAUCCAUCCAUGGAAGACAGAAAACAUUCUCCACUUGCAGUUCACACCUGAUUGUUGUGUGCACUUAUUUCCUGACUCUCAUUACAGUCUAUGGCAUUCCAUCUAAAACACAUUCCUCAGCAGCUACUAAAGUACGAUCCCUAUUGUACAUCGUACUGACCCCAAUGUUCAACCCCAUUGUCUAUAGUCUGAGGAACAAGGAGAUCAGAUAUGCUUUUCAAAAGCUAAAGACAAGCAUAAAAUUGCUAAGAUUCAUGUAA